GUAAGCUUCGGGCAGGAGCACCCGGAGACGCGUGGUCGGUUGUCCUUCCUCUCUGCCACCAUCUCAUUCUUGGCGGAGUGAGGUGGCGACUUGCGCGGCCAAUCCUUCUCUCGACAACCAGGUGCAAAGGCAACCACCACCGCACGCAAGGUCUGCCGCGACAACACCGCACUUGGCAGCAGCCAAAGGCAAGGAGCAGCAGCAGGAUGGCAAGCCGCGCAAGAGCGACGACUGUCAUGGGGCACCCGUUCAUCCAGCGCGUGAUGACGGCAGCAGCUGCCUCCCGCGCCGGUGGCAGCAAAGCGGCUCUCCACAGCUCUUCCGCACAGGCAGGCGGCGCAGCAGCAAGACCUACCGCUUGCCGUCAUGUCGCCCGUGGCGGCAGCAAGAACCCAGCGUUGCCGGCUCCGGCUGGGUCUGCUGGGCUAGUAGUCUCUCGAAGGCACAUGUCCUCUGGCACAACGGGAGAAGACAGCAGCAGUAGCAGCAGCGGGCGGUUCAGUGAGGACUUGGAGAUGCUCAUCUCCAGGGCGGGCGAGAGAGCCGAUCGCGCGGGCAAGUCAGGGAAGGGAAAAGGCUCUGCCGUUGCGGUUGCUGCACCUCAGGCGGCUGCUGGCGAGGGGGCAGGGGAGGAAAAGGAGGAGGACCCGGCGCUGUCUGCGCGCGCGAUGAAGUUCCGCGCCAUGAUCAGCAAGCUCAGGCCCCAGAAGAAAGCUACCGUUGUCAAGACGUUCACCCCCUCGAGGGAGCCGUUGGUGGACAACUUAGGCCGCUCCUACGGCCUAGGAAGGCGUAAGACCAGCACCGCUAGGGUGUGGAUCUCUCUCUCCAAGGGCGAGGGGGGCGUAUUCGUGGUCAACUCGAGGCCCAUGAUCGACUACUUCCCCCGAGACCACCUGCAGAACGAGAUUCUUAAGCCCCUUGAAUACACCAACAAGCUCGGCAACUUCCACGUGAGGUGCACGGCAAAGGGAGGUGGUCAAGCUGGCCAAGCCGGCGCCAUCAGGCUAGGUCUGGCGAGGGCGCUGGAGGCACACGACCCCUGGCUCAGGAAGAUGCUCAAGAAAGAGGGCAUGAUGGAACGAGACUCCCGAAAGGUAGAGCGCAAGAAGCCGGGUCUCAAGAAGGCUAGGAAGGCGCCGCAGUGGGUCAAGCGAUAAGGGCUUAAGCAAUAGUGCCACUGCUUCUUUUGGCGAAUAUUGUUGCUGCUCGACAUAGGCUUGAAAAGUAGUGCCGCUCCUUUCGAUGGCCAAUAGUUUUGCUAUUGCAGUGCACAACAAUAUCGGUUCGCUGGCUGUCGAGUGCUUCCACCGCAGAAGAUCGGUCCAGCUGCUGUCGAGCUGUUUCACUGCAGAAUUUCGGCUCCCUUGUUGUGGAGUGGGUCUACAGCACUAUAUCGUUUCCCUGGCUGUCGAGCUGUUUCCACCGCAGAAUAUCGGUUUACUUGCUGUCGAUCUGAUUCACCACGCGAUGUUGAUUCGCUGACGGUCGGGCUGUUUCACCGCACGAUGAUGUAGAUUCCCUUGCUGUCGAGUGGUUUUUCCGCAGAAUAUCGGUUCGAUUGUCAUCGGGUACUUCCACCGUAAAAUAUCGAUUCCCUUGCCGUAGAGUGGUUUCACAGCAAAACAUCGGUUCGCUGGCUGUCGAGCUUUAUCGCUGCACGAUAUGGGAUCGCCGGCUGUUGGCGAAAUGAGCUGCCUCACCGAAUGAGAGGUUGCUUGGCCUUGGAUGGGUCAACGGCAGGGUAGCCAAUGGUGGGGUUCAUCUACUUUUUUAGUGUUUCGUUUCUGUUGGUGUCUUUCGGUGUGCGGUGGCGUGUGGCGUACCGGAUGACGAGAUGGUGCCAUCCGUUGAAUCGUGCGAUGACCCGUGACGCUUUGUUCCGCGCACGUACCUAUGGCCAUCCGGCGGUACGGCGGUAGACUUUGGUACGCUGGCGCACGCACCGUAACUGGCUUGAGGUAUCACACCCCCUGGACUUUCAAAACUCGAUUUCUUCGCGGGAGAAAGAGUGGUAGUGUCGAAAAUAACCGCGUUGGAGCCGUCUCAUCGAGAGCUUCUCGAAACCUACCGUUUCAUGUGUUGAUCGUCUUCAGUGUGGAGUCAUCGAGCUUCGAACAUAGGUCCAAGGGGGUGCGUUAUCUCGUGUCGCCCACGUUGAUUAUGCCUUGGCCAUCCGAUGGUGGUGAGUGCACUCUGUCCGUGUUGUGUGGUGUGUCCCAGCAUCGGGGUGCUUACCUCAAACCGUGGUCAGCUUUGUGUGCGGGCGAGCUCGACGGCACGUUUUUCGCACCGUAGCACGUACAUGAUUUCGUGACGCCUGCACGCCGCCUCCUCUCGCUUCAACGGUGUAAUGGUCAUCGUCGAUUGGGAACCGCAAGUUGUGACUGUUGUGUGCCGACGAGCGAGGAGUCGAUGUCGGGGGAGGCUACUGCGAUCAGUUUAC